ACAAUUAAUUGUUGUCAACUGAGUGAAAGUCUUGUUGAUUGUUUCUCACUCAUUGAAUAACCUUGAUGGUUAAGUUAAUUGUUGAAUUAUCAUUAGUAAAUUUAAUGAUAUGAAAGAGUUUUUUUUUCUGCUUUUCAAUCAGAUAACUUUUUUUGCUAUGUUGAUUAGUUAACUUAAUUGGAGUUGAUUAAAUUGUAUUUGAUUGAAGAAGUGAAAAAAAGGUUUUCAUUAAACCAUUGAUACAUUCACGAGAUGCUAACAAAGUUAAUUGCAAUUAAUUUAAAUAGAUCCAAGGCAUCUAGGAUCAUUAGUUUUAAUCAAAUAAAACUUUGAUUGUUCCUAAUUGUUGGAAUUAAAGAGGAGAAGGAAAAAAAAUUCUAAAAUCGUUCAAUCGUUUCCAAUGGACUUCCAAAUGUACCCUGGUAGUUACUUCAUUUGGUGAAUUUGGAUAGACGUUAAUGGCAACAAUUAACUCGAUGGAAACUGAAUUAAAACCGAUUAACGAUAAAUAUCGUUACAGUUUAAGUCAAGAACGGAUCGAACAUGUUUCUGACCUAAUUGGCUCUUGGGGACCACUUCAAAAGCGUUUGUUUUUUCUGCUCGGUGUCAUUUAUUGUGCUUCACCUUAUAACAAUGCGAGUCUAUUUUAUUAUGCACUUAAAAGUGAUUUAGUUUGUGUUCAAUCGGAUGGAUCACAGAUUUCAAUUGCAGCUGAUAAAUGUUCAUUUGAUCAGUUGAAUUCGUGUUCCUCUUGGUAUCAUAACAUAACAAGGACAACGGUUACCAAAGAGUGGAAUUUGGUUUGUGAACGAUAUUGGCUUCGAUCAGUUGUCCUUUCGGCUUAUCAAGUUGGCUAUAUGAUCUCUGGUCUUCUGGUUGGUUGUAUAUCAGAUAAACUAGGAAGGAAAUUUGCUAUUCUUUUCUGUAUAUGUCUUGAGAUUAUCACUUCUUUUGGACUUGUUUUAGCACCAAAUGUCUAUGUGUUCAUCGCGAUUCGGGUCAUUCAUGGUAUCGGUGGAUAUGGACGCUUUUUGGCCUCACUUAUCUUACUUUUGGAAAGUGUUGGACCCAAACUUCGUGGUCGGAUUGUCGUUAGUUACGAUUGGAUUUGGUUCGUUGGCGAAGUCGUCAUGUUGUUUGUUACCUACAAUAUCCUUGAAUUCAGGUAUAUUUACAUGGGAUCAAUGGUGUUUCAGAUUAUGUGUAUUGGAGUCUUGAUGUUUGUGCCUGAAUCAGCGCGUUGGCAGUUGGUCGUUGGCAAAGUAGAUAGUGCUAAGAAAACUUUGCGUUACUAUGCAAAGAAACGCGAAAGUAAAAAAAGACUCAAAUUACAAGCUGAAAAGGUCGAAGUGGAUGAAAUUGAUGAAUAUGAGAAUGUUCUAUUUGCUCGUAAACUCGACAAAUUGCGCGAAUAUUUAAUCUCCGAAACUGAAUCAAAAGAUCAAAUGGGAAUUUUCGACCUGUUCCGAGUACCUAAAAUAGCUAAGUUUUGUUUCGCUCUGUAUUUGAUCUGGUUUCUUACCGCAUUCAUUGGCUUCGGUCUUGCUUACAGUACACUUGAUUUAUCAGGCAACGUUUUCAUUAAUAACGGGAUUUUUAUGACAUCAUCUUUUGCCUCAAAUCUAUUUAUGACCUGGAAAGUUGACUCAUUCAAACGAAAGUCAAUGCUUAUUGUAAUGUUCUUGGGAACCUCAGUGUUACUUUGUGCCUCAAUUGCCUUCGUCGAAUCUCAUGAUUACAUUAUACCUCGAAUGAUCCUCAUCACUUCAGGUCGAUUCACAGCCUCAUCUUUGUUCAGUCUAAUUUACAUUUACACAUCAGAAGUUUUUCCAACAAACAUCCGACAUCUUGGAGUUGGAACUUGUUCAGUAGCGGCUCGAAUGGCGUCGAUUUCUGCGCCAUUUUUAGCACAAUUAACAGCAAUUACGAGCCUUAAAUUAACUUUUGGACUUUUUUCUAUCAUGGGUCUAAUUGGAGCAUCAGCUGCGAUAUUGUUACCAGAGACGAAGGGCAAAGAGAUACCUGAUACCGUUGAAGGGAUGAUUGAUAUGCAUUCGAAUGAAAUUGAAUGAAAACAAUUACCAAUAAUUAAACGUCUAAAAAUUCAUUA